AUGACAGAAACUGUCGAUCCUAUUUACUUCGGACUGGUCCCGGUGCCGCCAGUGUACUCGGCUUCCUCCCCCAAACUCUCUCCUCUGGAUGCAGCCAUUCAGCUCCACAAGUCACAACCAGAAUGGACCCCUCUGCCUGGGUUUAAAGUAGCUGCUGCUGAUUUGAAUGUCAACGAUGAUUCCAGAUUCACGCUGACUGCAGCGUCGGACAGCAUUCCACCACUAAAUGAAGAUUUGAAUUGCGCAGUUCCGACUCCUCCGCAAAACAGUCAGCAGGUGUCCCCGGAGGCAGUCAUUCCAGGAUACCUUGACGUUCACCGAGCGGAACAAAUAGGCCGUCCAGACGAACACAUUCCAGAGCAAGAGACAGAGACGUACGGGUAUCGUGCGUUCACCCCGGAGGAAGAGCUUUACAAGCGUCGUGUCAUCAACAAGCUGACCACGACGUACAUGAAAGGUACUCACGAUCUUGGGUUUCGAGAUGGCCAUGGAUACGUGAUCGAGAUCAAUAAAGACGGACCAACGCAGCUCGGCGAGGGAUACUACUUCACUGCCAUCGCGGCCGCCGCGUUCGCUAUGAACAACUACCAAUCGGAAAUCUGGGCGGUUCAAACGAACAACCAGAUCCUGAAGGGGCUGCUCAACGUGCUAGAUGAAGUUUCGUGGACGGAUCCCGAUUCCUCUGGCGUCCGACACCCAGUCCGCCACGUCGACAUGUGGGAAUGGCACACCUCUGGAGUUGUCAGACAGAGGCCAAUCAGUAAGGAUGCAUUUGGUCCCAUGGUGGCAGCGUGCUACUAUGCGUACAACUGCCCGAAUAGCACUUCUACCGUGAGGAACAUGGCGAAAAGCUUGCUCACCCACUGGAUCACUUAUUUGAGUACCAACAACUGGAUGCUGCACUCGAAGCACCUUCAGGGCGAAUUCGUCACGGAGGAUGACAAAGAAUUCAAAGGAUACUGCAAGAACCUCAGGUCGUAUGACAAGAAGGAUGAGAAGAUCACUGGUAGAAUUCGGUACCUCGGCGUGGAGAGCUUUAUGCUCAUGCCGUACGAACUGUAUGCCUUCAAGCACUGCGCGGAUUCGUUGGGCGUGCCGAACUCAAUAUGGCCAUGGGUGAAUACUAGUCUCUCUCUUGGAUCAUCGAUUGGCCCUCAGCUUAUGGCGAUUGUCGCGCCUGUGGCGAAGCGAGGCAUGAAGGCUGUUCUAGAUUCACUAUUCUACUCCAAGGGCUACUCCAUUGAGUUCAUUCCUAACCUCAAGGCCGCAACUUUGAGAGGCACACUGCAGUUGAGUAUCCCGGAGAGCGUCAAGGAGGAUAUUUGCAACACAUUCGAAAAGGCACUGUACGAUUCCGCAGACCAAAACUGGUUCGACCCCAACGCCCAAAAUCGUGGCAGCCGGUCUAUGUUCCGGAACCCGAUCAGCUCGAUUACAGACAUGUUUCCUGCCAUGUAUCGCAGACUGCCAAAUCUAGCCUCCAUACUCGAGGAUCUCAUGGCGCAAGCUAUGCCAUGGGCAGAGACUGACUUCUUGUCCGAGUACCUCGCCUUUGAGACCGCGUUCGACAUCAAAUUCGGGGGUAAAUUGACGUGGGUGCUUCUUACUACUCAGAACGCCACCGGAGGUCUCAUCUACGAGUGGAAAAUAGGCUCGGCCACUGAGUCUCCGCCAGACGACUCGUUGGCUGGAUACACAUUUUGGAGUAUGCUCGUCGAGAUGGAAGCGCGACCGCUUAUGAGGUUUUUGUUGAGACCGUUGGCGAACGGAUACUACUCCGGCAUGUCGGGGCGAGGCAAUCGGAACGGUCUUUGGGCGUGGUUGGAUGGAGAUGCCAUGGUGGUCAGUGAAGCUAUCAUGACAUUUAUGAGUCGAGAGAAUGAGGUGUACGAUUGGAAGGCAUAUGCCUGGGCGAAGAACUACAAUGAAUGGGUCAGUGAACCCAGAGGGAGUACAAGUGAAGAGGAAACUGGGAAGAAGAAAGACGAAGGCUCCUCAAGGUUGGACUACCUUGUGUUAAGAGGAUUAACUCAGGUCCAAGUCCCAGUAACGCCAGCAUUUUCUAUCAACAGUCUCAAGUACCUCAUCGAUGCGGUCGAGGAUCUUAUCAAGGAUAUUAUCCAACGCGCUAUUGACGAAUUCAACCGCGCAGGAAAGUAUCUGCAGGUUGCAUUCGAUGUCGCCGGUCAAGCGAUUGAGGACGUCAUGGAAGCAGGCAAGGGCCUAACCCGCACAAUAUACAAGGAAAGCCAGAAACUCUCCAAGACGAUCCAUCAUAUAGGUGGAGAGAUAGAGCAGUGGCGCUACGAUGCAGGAGAAGCGCUAAAGGGAUAUACCAAGUGGGCCAAAGGGAACAUCGACGCGCUCACGCCUUUCUACGAUGUGAUCGAGUACCGUACGCGCGAUAUCGUCAACGGCGCUCUCAAGAUUUGGAAGCUAGCGGACAAUAAAGUCACAGAGGUGUUCCACUUCGCUACCAGCGCGAUAGAUGGCGCGUUCCAGGAGGCGCACAAAGUGCUCCAGAUCUUUCGCGAAGCUAGCGGCGCUCUGCACCAGUGGAUAAUGUCGAAUGGAGCCCUGAAGAGCUAUCUCGGAUGGGCGGCUUCAGGUGUCUUCGGCGAGGUUGAGGCGGUCGAAUGCAUUACGCACAUAUUGCGUGAUCCGGCAGGGCAGUUGAGGAAGUGGGAGUAUGAGGCUGGCCACGUCCUCAAGACGUUUAACCACUGGCUGUCGUCUAAUCCACUUGGUAACUCAGAUCCCUCAAAGCUUCUCCAGUCUUGUCUCAGACGGCCCGGGGGAGCCCUCGUCCAAACCCUCUUCGACGCGGGUACAUUCAAGAAGGAGUUCAUAUGGGCCACUUCCAACAUCGAAGGUGUCGCAUCGUCUACCGACUGUGUCAUCCACCAGCUGCGCAAGCUCGACGGCUCGCUCCAGCAGUGGGCGCUAGAGCGAGGGGUACCAAAGGAGUUCAAGCAGUGGGCGGUGUCGGCGGGAGAUGGCUCGGCGAGUGAGAAUAACCUGGUCAAGGCGAUCAGCGAGUUGCCUGGAGGUAAUUUGCAAGUUCUAACGUUUAAUGCUGGAAUUCAGGUUGGUAAGAAGGUGUUUAGUGAGACGGGGAAGGUGCUAGAGGAUGCAGAAGGGGCGUUAGGUGAUGCGGGAGAAGCAGCGAAAAGGGCCGGUGGGAGGUUAAGCGAUUGGGCCAAGAAGAGGCUUGGAUUCUAA